AUGGCUCAGUCUGUGAGGAGGCCUGAGAUUUUAGGAGCCGCCGACAACGAGCCCAACAGGGACAAGAGCAGGAGCAGCUACUUUGGCAACGUCAAGAGCAGGCUGGGUUCCAAGCUUCCUCCUGGCGUCUCUCAGCCCCCGCAGUUCGCUAAGCGUCCCUGGGAGACCCAGCCCCAGGCCCGAGUGAUGCAGGAGGCCAUAGUACGAGGCCAGCGUCAGCACCAGCCCAUUGCGGGCAGGCCUCUCAACCAUAUCCCCCACAUCAGAAACCCCAAGCUGCGGCAGUACUACCUGCAAGGGACCUCAUGGGAUCUAAACAAUCCUGCAGUGAAGCAACAACACAUGGCUGAACUGUCAGAUGACAGCAGAAGCAGCAGGGGUCUCCAUGGUGACACCGUGUUCAGCAUCUCAUCUCAGUUCAGCAGCAACAGUUCAUCCUCUGCAGAUUCUAAAGUAUCCUCUGCAUCUGCUGCCCUAAUAGCCAGAGAGGGGAGAAACACAAACUCCCCCGCGGACCGAGGAUCGUCCACACCAGAGCUGGACUCAGGCUCCGGACCUAAGGAGAAGCCACAGGGGGAGACGGACGGACACUGUUUGGAUCCACUCCCUGCUCCACCACUCUCCCCCUCCCCAGAGGCAGAAUAUGACAAACUACUGGAUGUGGAGGCGGUACCGCUGCCUGAUGGACAGCUCUGCUUAUUGGCUCUCCCACCAGAGUGCUGUCAGGGGGAGGGACCGGGGGCCACGCCCUAUCUCAAACUUUUCUGCCGCUACAUCACUGAUCGCAAGGGUGUCGUUUCUGGGAUCCUGCUGGUGACUGCUAAUAAGAUCUUCUUUGACCCGUGUAAGACUCUCCCUCUGGUGAAGGAACACGGCUGUGAGGAGUACCUCCUGUCGUGUUCGGUCGACAAUCUGGCAUCCGUCUCCUUCUUCUCUGACAUCUCACACGUUCACUUCAAUGCCUCCCAGCAGAGGAGAAAAGGAAAGACAUUUUUCCAGAAAUUGAAAUCUACCAAAAGCCAGGCAGGCAGCAACCCAAACCAAAAGGGGGAGUCGGUUCCAGCUCUGGUGUCUACCGCGUCUUCAGAAUUCUCAAGUCUGGCUCUGAGCCUGACCAAAGAGGUUUCUGGAGAUGAGGAUGCCAAGAGCAGAGACAUGGCAGAGGAGCUGGAGCGCUGCCCGCUGGAGCUGCUGUCUGAGGCGUCAGCCGGUGGCCUGGGAGUGGGGGUCCUGAGCAGCGACCCCUCCUUCUGCUGUGGAGGUCAAGAGUUGGCGAGUCCAAAACUGACUCAGGCUGAUGACGCAGAGAAGAGUCAGAACACAGGUACGAACGUGAUUUAUGUUCUGCCAUCAGCCGGUAGUGCUGGCAGUCUGAUGUUUGUGCGCCUGCGGGUUCACACGUCUGCAGGGAAGAAACGGAGUGUGGGAGAUCUCCACCUGGGGUCAGCCAAAACCUUACCCAGAAGAGACGCCUGGCUCGCCCUGUCACAAGAAAGCUCAGACGAGCUGUAUGCCUACCUGACUCAAUGUCGACCGGACUUGUGUGUACUUGAGGGAGAGGGGGUUGAGGAGGAGGGGGAAGCGGACCGUGACGAAGAGGAGUUUGUACUAAUAGAGGACAAAGGGGAGGAGGAGGAGGACAAGGAAGAAGAGGAGGAGGUGUUCCAGAGACACCGCGGCUCGGGGGACGACUGGGAGAUGGUGUUGAUGGAGGAGAACGGGGACAGGCCGACCCUGCUCACUGACAGGGAACCUGAAGGACUCAGUAAUAUUGUAGAGAGCAGCCACAUUUUGGAAGAGUCACACAUUCGAGAGUUAUGUAAGGAGCUUCCCCCCAGGACAGUGAGUUACACCUGGCAGCUAAAGUACAGUACGUCCCGUCACGGCUCCAGCCUCAAGUCCCUCUACAGAAAACUCAGUGGCACAGACUCUCCUGUGCUUAUCGUCAUCAAGGAUGCACUUGAUGAGACGUUCGGGGCCUUCCUCUCUCAUCCUUUGAGGCCCAGCGAGAAGUUCUACGGCACAGGAGAAACUUUUCUCUUCAUGCUGCACCCUCGCUUCAAGUGCUUCAGAUGGACGGGAGAAAACUCUUUCUUCAUCAAAGGAGACCUGGACUCUUUUGCCAUUGGUGGAGGCAGUGGUCACUUCGGUCUGUGGGUGGAUGAGAACUUGUACCUGGGCCGCAGCAGCCCCUGCUACACCUUCAAUAACUGCUGCCUCUCAGAGACGGACGACUUCCGCGUCAUGGAGCUGGAGGUGUGGACGUUCAACUGAGGGAGACGCGCAAAGGCAAGGAUUUCUACUCGACUCACCAAGUCGCUGCUGAUCGGCUUCAUUCAACGCAGCAUUUAGCACCGAGCAUUAAAGACAAGCAGCUGCUCACUCAUUUCAAGGUGAUGUCCAUUUCAAACAUAAAAAAACUAACCACAGACUGAUGGAUGGUUCGGUGUGAUCAAGUGCUGUGGAUUCUCAUGAAGUGGAACCGAACAAGGCUGAGUGGGAAUCUCGUGCCGGACAGUUUUAAUGGCUGACUCAUUCCUAUGGGUUCGGAAACCAAACAGAGUCCAGCAGUCGUGAGUCGAGCUGGAUUGUUUGAAUCCUCAUUUUUGAAUGGAGUGAGUGAGGAACUGCACUUUGCUCUUAACGAGAAUCAGUAACUUUAUUAUCUCAUUGUGAAGGUACACCUGUCAUAUGCAUGUCCCCAUAUUCAUACAGCUGAGUUUAGUUAAAGCUGAACCUCUGAAACACUUCUACACAUUUCUAAACUGCAUGUGUACAGUUCAACAGCCACUUUAGUCUGAUCUUUCUCUCAGUCACUGUUCAUUUCUCCAGGUUUUUCAUUGUAGGCGUCAUAGAAAUUAUCACGAGAACUGAGAAAAUCUUUCCGGUUUUAAAAACGUCUCUAGUACUCACAAUCAAUAUUGUAAUCCUCAUUAAUGAUAAUUCUGAACUCUUUUCAUUUCAAGUGAUGACUCACAUUCUCUUGUGGUGUAUUAUUACUGCAGAUUAAUGCAGUGUUGUUAUUCAGCUCUUUCUGUCACUUCGGUACCGCAACUGACUUUACUUACAUUGUACAGUAUCGUAGAUUAGUUAAUAAAAGUCAGCACAAUGUCAACAAUUAUAGAGAGAACACAAUUCAAUGUGUAAAAAAACGUCAACUUUUAUUUCACCUUCAGACAAUAACACUGGUAGAAUAAGGUUUCAAACAGUCAGAAAUCUCACGCUGACAGGACCUUGUAUAUCUGUGUUGUAUUGUUACAAUGUUAUUCUCAUUAUCAAAAUCCACUGGUACUAAUCCGAUGAGUUUUUUAAAUCAUUACGUUCUCCUGUUUCACACUUGUAACCGAAAUUGAGGAGGUGAAAAUUAGACAUACUGUGAUAAACAGCUAAUUUUGUGUCCAU